AGGCGCGGGGGGAGCCGGCCCGGCGCCCGCCGAGCCCCGCGGGGCCGCAGCCAUGGAGCCGCUCCGCCGGCGCCUCCUCCUCAGCCUGGGCGCGCUGCUGCUGCUGCUGUCGCCGCCGAGGCCCGCGAACACCAGCUCAGUAACUGUACCAGAAACACUGUUGUUUGUUUCAACUCUUGAUGGAAGUUUGCAUGCCGUCAGCAAGAGAACGGGUGCAAUCAAGUGGACUUUAAAAGAAGAUCCUGUACUCCAGGUGCCAAUACACGUGGAAGAGCCAGCAUUUCUUCCAGACCCAAAUGAUGGCAGUUUGUAUACACUCGGUGGCAAGAAUAAUGAAGGCUUGACUAAACUUCCAUUUACUAUCCCGGAGCUGGUGCAGGCAUCUCCCUGUCGCAGUUCAGAUGGGAUCCUGUACAUGGGUAAAAAGCAGGAUAUUUGGUACGUGAUCGACCUCAUGACUGGGGAGAAACAGCAAACUUUGACUUCUUCAUUUGCAGAAAGCCUUUGCCCAUCAACAUCCCUCCUGUAUCUUGGGAGAACAGAGUACACAAUCACAAUGUAUGACACUAAGAAGAAGGAGUUGCGAUGGAAUGCUACCUAUUUUGAUUAUGCAGCUACUCUGCCCGAUGAAGACAUAAAAUACAAAAUGUCUCACUUUGUGUCCAACGGAGAUGGGCUGGUGGUCACCGUAGACAGUGAGUCUGGGGACGUACUGUGGAUUCAAAAUUACGCUUCUCCAGUGGUAGCUUUUUACAUCUGGCAACGUGAAGGAUUACGGAAAGUAAUGCACACAAACGUGGGGAUAGAAACUCUGCGCUACUUGACAUUCAUGUCUGGGGAGGUUGGACACAUUACCAAGUGGAAAUAUCCUUUCCCAAAGGAAACAGAGACCAAGAGCAAGUUAACUCCAACUCUGUAUGUAGGAAAAUAUUCCACAAGUUUGUAUGCAUCGCCGUCAAUGGUGCAUGAAGGAGUAACUGUUGUGCCCCGCGGCAGUGCCAUACCCUUACUAGAGGGUCCAAAGACAGAAGGAGUCACAAUUGAAGAUAGUGGCGAGUGUGUUAUCACCCCCAGUACGGAUUUAAAGUUCUCAGGCAGACUGAAAGAAAAGAACAGACUCAACUAUUGGAACGACUGGCUUUUAAUAGGGCACCAUGAAACACCAUUGUCCGCCCCUACAAAGAUCCUGGAGAAAUUCCCAAGCAACUUACCUAAAAGGCCUGAAAAUGUGAUUCCAGCUGACUCUGAUAAAGCUACUAUUGAAGAGGUUAUUGACAUAGUUGAAGGUUCCUCAACAGAAGCGCCUCCGGCUUUUCCGAAGGAUAUUGAGGAGAAACCUGCUCGGCCCGUCCAUCGGCCAGAGGCUCCUGUAGACUCUAUGUUAAAAGACAUGGCCACAAUCAUUCUCAGUACUUUCCUGCUUGUGGGCUGGGUGGCUUUUAUCAUCACGUACCCGAUGAGUGCACAUCAGCAGCAACAGAGACAGCAUCAGCUGGAGGAGAAGAUACAGCUCUUGCAGCAACAGCACCUGCCCUUCAGUGCUCCCAGUGAUCUCUCACCAGAAGCAGAUUUCUUGGACACCUCCUACGUACGGACAGAGAGCUCAGCUACCAGCACACCAAAUCUGUCCCCCAGAGCAUCAAACCAUUCUGCGUAUUCCAGUAUCUCCACAUCUGAUGUUGGGAGCUGUCUUUCUACUGAGCAAGAAGAGGGAGAUGAAGAUACAAACAGAGUGAUGGUUGGCAAGAUAUCAUUUAACCCAAAAGAUGUAUUAGGACAUGGAGCUGAGGGAACAAUUGUUUACAGGGGGACAUUUGAUAACCGAGAUGUUGCAGUGAAAAGAAUUCUCCCCGAGUGCUUCAGCUUUGCAGACCGUGAAGUGCAGCUGCUGCGAGAAUCAGACGAGCAUCCCAAUGUGAUCCGCUAUUUCUGCACGGAGAAGGACCGGCAGUUUCAGUACAUAGCCAUUGAGCUGUGUGCCGCCACCUUACAGGAGUACGUUGAGCAGAAGGCCUUCAGUUGCCAUGGCUUACAACCCAUCGCUCUCCUGCAGCAGACAACAUCUGGUCUUGCUUACCUGCACUCCCUCAGUAUUGUCCACAGGGACCUCAAGCCCCAUAACAUCCUCAUCUCGAUGCCUAAUGCUCACGGGAAAGUCAAAGCAAUGAUUUCAGACUUCGGCCUGUGCAAGAAGCUGGCAGUGGGCCGGCACAGCUUCAGCCGGCGGUCGGGCGUGCCAGGCACUGAGGGGUGGAUUGCCCCAGAGAUGCUAAGUGAAGACUGCAAAGAGAACCCUACAUAUACUGUGGACAUAUUUUCAGCUGGCUGUGUCUUCUACUAUGUGGUAUCUGAAGGCAGUCAUCCCUUCGGCAAAUCUCUACAGCGGCAAGCCAACAUUCUGCUUGGUGCAUACAGCUUGGAUGCUUUAAAUGCAGACAGACAUGAAGACAUAGUUGCUCGUGAUUUAAUAGAGCAAAUGAUAAACAUGGACCCUCAGAAACGUCCGUCUGCCAGCUGUGUGCUAAAACACCCAUUCUUUUGGAGUUUAGAAAAACAGCUCCAGUUUUUUCAGGAUGUUAGUGACCGAAUAGAGAAAGAAUCUUUAGAUGGUCCAAUUGUCAAGCAAUUAGAAAGAGGAGGAAGAGAGGUGGUAAAAAUGGACUGGAGAGAACACAUCACUGUUCCUCUUCAGACAGACCUUCGAAAAUUCAGAUCAUAUAAAGGAGGCUCAGUACGGGAUCUUCUGAGGGCAAUGAGAAAUAAGAAGCACCAUUACAGAGAACUGCCUCCUGAAGUGCAGGAGACCCUGGGCUCCAUCCCAGAUGAUUUUGUAUGUUACUUUACAGUUCGUUUCCCUCACCUGCUCCUGCAUACCUACAAAGCUAUGCAAAUAUGUUGCCAAGAAAGACUGUUUCAGCAUUACUAUAAUCAGGACUCUGCAGAGAAGAGUCUUGCAGGAGACACUGUUUGAAAAAAGGGAGAUGGACCUCCCCUCUCUAGGACCGACAUUCCAAGCACAGGGCUGUGAAACAGGCCUACCUUUAGCAGGGAAAAGUGGGAUCAUCGAAGAGCUGAAUUCUCUCUUUGAGGAAACCAAGCUUCCAAGAAGUGCCUUGUACUGUCUGCGCUGGAUCAGGAGAUGGUAGGAGCCCAAGAGUAAGUAGUAACUUCAGAAAAGCAGUGAACCCUCAUGAUGGAGUUAUCCCAACAGAGUUUUUAAGACAGCGAAAAUAAGAGUGCAAAAUCUGGAUAUAACCAUCAUUAAUUAUCCCUAUACUGUAGUUGAUUUUAUAACUCAUGUAUUUUACUGCAUAGAAUCAAAGUACAGUGAUUGAAAUCAUAUAAUUACUAGGCAUUGCGAUCUGCAAAAAAGGAGCCUUUUAGCUGUACCAAAUCACCAGACCCUGCCAUUGCACUACUGCCACUGUCUGCUUUAGGCACACCGCAGUGAUUGGAAAGCGAAUCACUUUUAAUUAUCCAAAAACAGUAAAGAGAAUACAGUUUCUUUUUAAUUAUCACAACUGCCCUGGAAAAUUAGUCCCUCAAACAGAUACAAUGAAGUUCUAAAAAAAUAGACUAGAAAAAUCAGUUAAAAGGUUUACUUACUUUGAAAAUAAGGCUUAUUUUUAAAAUAUCAACCAGUGUUCACAGAAGAGCUUGAAGAGUACUUGAAUUAGAUCUGUUUCAGAACAGAUCUACAGAAAAAACUUUUUAUACAUUGAUGUCAGCUAUUAGCUGCUUGUGAGAGGCUAAUGAUUUAUCUACUGCAAGUGUUCCUUACUUUCUACUAAAGAAAGACGGGUUGUCAGUUGCAGAUCCAGAGGUAAGAUGAGUCAUGGGGGGGGAAAAAAGUAAAUAGGAAGCAAUGAAAGAUGUACAGAGCAGUGAAAUCAUAGCAGUGUUUUUAACAGGCAAGAUAAAGCUGUAAAAGCAGCUCAUUAGAAAAUGAGCUGUACUGGUUGAUUAAUUAUGUCCAAGGGAAGCCUUUGUUUUUAAAGAUGCAGUAUUUCUUUUUAUUGGCCCUAAAGCUGUGACAAAACAUUAAGUGUGUGUGAAGCAUUAAGAAAUGCUGAAUUCUAAUAUGAUACAAGUGGGGGGGUGUUCUUUUGCAAUAUAUUUAUUUAACAUAUUUAUAUUUAUUUAAUUUUUACUACAAAGUGGUAGUAAAUCCAAGUGGUACAAGUAUAAAGCAUGCCAAAUCUUUCUGAAUCCUUUUUGUUUGUAUUUAAUCAUAUUGUAACAACUGGAAGAAGAAAAGUGAUACUGCAUCUUUCAAUGGAAUACAUUUGUCUAUUCCAGUUAACGGGAAGAUUACAAAGUGGGGGGAGUUAAAUCUCUCUUAUUGUGCCAUCAAGUCUUAAACUAGUAAGUUAUUGACGGUUUUAUGUAUGGGUACAUACAGCCACUUUUCUGGAGCUACUUCACUGGAAUUUUUUUCCUAGUUUUGCAAUGUAUGAGAGCAACUAUUUACUUAAGAUGCCAAACUGUGCAAGUUACAUGUUUCUAAAGCUUGAAAAAAGGUAGUUUUACCUAAAAAAAGAUUCAAAGCCUAUUUCAUAUUUUUGUACUUCUCAUAUAAAGUUCUUUCUUUUAUAAUUCUACUAAAUAAAGACUUGUACUCAAACAACACAGACUUGGAAAACAGGUCUACUUUUAGUGACUGUGUGUGCCUGAGGAAAUAAGCCAGACUCCCUUCAUGCCAUAGCUUCCAGAACCAGGACUGGAAAAGGUAAGUGAGUUUUGCCCAUGUCUACCCUGGGCCUCCAGCAGAGAGCACCAGCUACUGCUGCCAGUCCAGAGAACCAUCACAGGCAUAUUUUAGUGGCCUGCUCAAAAAAACCCUGUCUUCCUGCUAUUCAGAGGUUCUCUGUACUACUAAAACAAUAGUGAGGCGUGGGUGUUUGCUAUCCCAACUGACAGGCAAGCAGCAAGACGAAAGCCAGAGAACUUCUCUGCUUGUUGCAGAGGGAGGGAAGCAGAGAAUUAAAAGAGAAGAGCAAGUACAGAGCCCUCUGGAGAUCCUGAAGCCUCACUUUAUUACUCUAACCGUCCUUACUUCUUGGUGACCAGGCAGGAUUGGCAGGGCUGCAGUCACUGCACUCUGCAAAGCUUUUUAACGCACAUGCAGCGCUGACAUGCUGCAAUAGAGAUGGAAAGGGCAACUCCCUAAAAGUCUCUUGACACACCUUGUUACUGAGUACAUCACUGCUGUGCCAGCUGGUCGGGCCUCAAAAAUCCCCCACAUCACAUUACCCAGUCAGCAUGGAUCAGUGGUUAGUGCAAAAAACAAACAAACAAAAAAAACAACAACAAAAACAAACAAACAAACAAACAAAAAAAACAACACCCUACAACUACCUGGCACUGGUACUUCUCCCUUGGAGUAAGGAAGCAUAAGGCAAGCAAGGAGCUUUCCCACAAAUAAACUGUGAAAGUCAACAAACAACCAGGUGGUUUACAGGAGGAAUCCAGCCCAUAAGUCUUAGCUUUAUCCGCAGGACCUGGAUGGCUGCAUGACUCACCUUGCCCCUACCAGCGCAGCAGCUGUGCCCCACAGUAACAGCAGCCACUGCCGGUUUGUGACACUGGCAAACUCUUUUCUUCAGUACUUUGGUGAGCUGGCCUGGAGUAAGUAAAUAGCAAAUAAGGCAGGAGAUAAACUGGGAGAAUUUUGCCUAGUUAAAGGAGAAAAGAAGAAAAAAAAAAGUCUAAAAGUCUAUGCUGCCUCCUGAGCAGGGACAGCGCAUGUGAUGGUGUGGGGCUGGCCAGCCAGGACCUGCCACAGCCACCAAAGCAGCUUCCACCAGAACAGAGCAACCCUUGGGCCACAUCCCUUGCAGCACCCUCUCCCCCCCCCCCCCCAUGGAUGAUCCCUACCACCACCACCUGGCAUCUUGCACAAGAGCCAGCAGGGCUCAGCUGUCGGCUACUUUGCUCAGCACCCUGUGGAUUGGGGCAACGCUGCCCAUUACAGCCCAACACAGGUUGCUCCACAAGGCUUCUGCUAGAUUUCAAAGCAAGUGGUGGCCUAACUCUAAGCUUCAGCAUUGCUGAGAAGGGGCUGGUGGAGCAUCAAGAACAUUUGUCUAAAGCACUUUCCGUUUUUUUCUUACCAGAAAUUAUUUUAGAUGCUGUUUAAACAAAGGGGGGGGGGGGGCAGUAAUCCUCACUGUAUUAUUUCCUCUGCAAGCUAAGCUCGGUUCCACCACUGGAAUAAACAGAACAGUGCUCUUCUCAACUCAGCCCAGAGAUUGAUUUAAAAUUCUAGUCUACCUUGAACAGUAAAAUAACUUGUGCUCGCUAAAAGUCCCUCUCCAUCCCCUUUAAAGUAGAAAAAAAAUAACGAGCUGCAACAUACACACUACCCUGCCUGGUUAGCAUAUUUCACUCAUGUUAACACUGCAGGUACAGAGCAUACAUAUCCUGAUCAACUGCAAGAACUCAUCCAGUACAGAAGCAUGUGGAGGAAGCAAGCAACUCGAGUGACUUCGCACACAUCAGUGAUGAUUUUAAAAACAUCUCCCUCCCCUCAACCCAGUCUCUCACUUCAGUUUUGUAUCAUUUACUUUGUUUCUCCCUGUAUGUAUUACAUGUGCUAUUAGAUGUAUCUGUAUCUGGGGAAGGGAGUGAAACCAGGUGAACAGUUAAACAGAUACCACAGACUACUGUUCAGACUACUGUUUUACAGUCUAAACAAUUCCAACACUGGAAAAAAUGUUUUGGAGCAUCAUCUCAGACAUAUCUGCAAAUGUCUUUGUAUGUAUCUGUUCUUGAAAACAGUCUGAUUUACUAACUUGAAAAAUGCAAAGGAGGUUGUUGUCAGUACUGUCUGUAACCAUUACAUCAGAUUAAGCUUAUAGUAAUAAACAAACCUGUCAGUGUUGCAAUUUUGCACUCUUUGAUGUUGACAGUGUCAGUGAAAUUUAGGCAGAACUCAAAUUUCUGCAUGAGCUGAAUUAUCCUACCUGUAGGUAUAGAAGGUACAGUUUAACAAUUAAAAGGGGCCGAUUCGUUUUUCCAACUUCAGUCAGG